CUAGCCUCGUUGCAAUUUGGGGGAAUCCUGAGACGAUCGAAACACAACCAGCCGUUACAUUUCGGUUUUAAUAAAUUAUCAAUUUAUGUUUUUUUAGGUAUAGAACAUUUGCCAACUAAUUUGCUUAAUAAACCAAAGGAAUACACCAGAUGUAGAUGGCACUUAAUAAUUGCUUGUAAAUUGUUGCGCAACAGCGCGCACGUUUGUGGCGUCUUCUUUGAUAAAAAAAAAAAACUUGUAGCCCAGUAGUGUGAAGCCUAGAAGCCUCGGAAUGUUCCGACGCAUGCACGAACAUUUUUAUUGAAUUGUUGAAGCAAUACUUUCCUGACCAUCAUCUAAGGAUCUAAAAUGCAUCAUUACACAAAACCAGAAUGUUCACAGUGGCGACUACAGUGGUGAGCAGUUAUUUUUUGUCGCUACUUACAGGCUUCCGAGAGAUGACCACUUUCAAAGCUGAUUUCAUCAAAGAAUCGCGGUGCGGUAAUGUGUUUUUGGAGAGACUUCCAUAGCGGUAUUUCAAAUGCCUGAUCUGACCAUCCCUGCCUGCGGUGCGGUAUUCGUGAUAAAGUUGUAGUAUGAUGAGUAGUGAUUUGGAGCGUGUUUCACUCAAUUCAACUGCCGCCAACCCGGGGACAGGGUCGGGCGGCCGCGCGCUGUCAGCCAACGUUCGUAAGCUGCACAACGCGCUCAACCUGCUGCUCACAGACUUGGAGAGAGAACAGUUUAUCCACUGUCUCAAUGUUUACCACGCGAAGCGCAACGUCUUCGACUUGGUUCAAACUCUUAAAAUAAUCCUCAACACCCAGAAUAAACGACAACUCCUACCCAUGUUACGGUUGGUCAUUCCGCGCUCAGACCAGCUGUUGUUCGACCAGUAUACUUCGGAGGGCCUGUACCUUAAGACAGACCAUCUACCACCAAACAGCGGCAACAACCUUGAAGGCUUUGUAGAUGUACCAAUUCCCACUACAACCUUUAUGAAUUCGCACGAGCCUCAGCCGCCUCUUUUUUGCGAUGCAUCAGGAGCGUGCCCUGGCUCGGAUGCAUCCAGCACCACCGUUGAUGGGACAGCUCCCCAGACUUUCGUGCUAGGAGAGCCUGUCGGAGAAAUCCGCCAAGUGACUCUGAGACGCAGCAAAAGCAAUGAGGGUUUAGGAUUCAGCAUCCGCGGAGGCUCGGAACAUGGCGUGGGGAUCUAUGUGUCACUGGUGGAGCCAGGAACGUCUGCCGAGAUUGAGGGAUUGAGAGUCGGGGAUCAGAUUGUCACUGUCAACGACAUGCUGUUUGACAGAGUAUCACACAUGGAGGCGGUCAAGGUGCUGAAGGGUUGUAAGAAGCUGGCCAUGUCAGUGUGUUCCGUGGGGCGUAUCCCUGGAGGCUACGUGACCAAUCACAUCUACACCUGGGUUGACCCCCAGGGCCGGAGCGUCUCACCUCCGUCCGACCUGGAGCAAGAGGAGCCGCCGAGCACCGUGGGACGGCAAGGCAGCCAGAGAUCGGGGCGCACAGGGAAGGAGAGAACUGAGAAGACGGUCAGCCUGAACCUGGACGACGGUCUCUCUUUGGGCCUGAUGAUCCGAGGAGGGGCGGAGUAUGGCCUGGGCGUCUACAUCACUGGCGUAGACCCGGGGUCAGCUGCCGACCAGGGCGGGCUCAAGGUGGGUGACCAGCUUUUGGAGGUGAAUGGGCGGAGCUUUGUGGCCAUCCCCCACGAUGAGGCAGUGAGGAUCCUGAAGACCUGUCGCCACCUGGUGGUCAGGGUGAGAGACGUCGGCCGGCUACCCCAUGCCCGCACCGUGGUGGACCAGACCAAAUGGAUCAGCAGCCCCCCAAGUCCGCUAGCCGUAGCGGAAAGGGCCGUCAGUCCAGCCACUACAAGGCCAUCGUCAGCACGGGCUACAACUGUAUUAGGAAAGUCAUUGGGACGAGGUGUGCGUCCCCCGGGCUCCCAAGUCUCCCUGGAGGAGCAAGCCUUCCUGCUGCUGACUGAUCCGGAGAGACAGACCAUGACAUACUAUCUCCAGGAGUACCAGGAGGGGCACAUCGGCCUGGAGCCCCUGGCCAUGGCUCUGUUUGAGCUGUUCAACACCCACGCCAAGCUAUCCCUGCUGUCCGAGGUGCGGAGCCUAGUGUCUCCCCAGGACUCUGAGCUGUUCGAUCGGAUGGUGCUUCGCCGUGAGAGGGAGGCUCUGAAGGCCUGGCAUGGAGGAAUAGGAGCACCGCAAACGCACAGUCGCUGUGCCCACAUGGAACACCCACCCAGCCACUCCAACCCCAGCACCCUCUGCCCUUCCAAGGAAGACGUGCAGUCCGCAGCUGAAUCUCCUCCGUCCUUCAAGCCUCCUCCCCCUGGUCAGAUCCAGGCCAGACACCCAGGAGAGAGGGACCCGUCCAGACGGCCUUCAUCCAGAUACUCUCAGUCUGGCCUGAUGUUUACUGCCCCCACCAGGCUACACCAGGAAUGUCACCACAAAUCACUCAAAGCCUUCUGCUCCUCCCACCACCAAACCUCCACCUCGUCAAUAUCUGGCCUCCAUCAUACCUGUCACAACCCUGGCCACCAAAACAGCCCUAACACUGGCCACCAAAACAGCCCUAACCCUGGCCACCAAAACAGCCCUAACCCUGGCCACCAAAACAGUCCUUAUCCAAGUUCUGGUCAUCACACAUCCAUGAACUCUCUUCACCACACCUGCCAAAACUCCCUCCACAUUUCCGACUCCACCUCCGACCACCACCCCCAUGAAGGCGGUCCCAGCUCUGGCCAGCACGCCUCUCUCGGCUCCCUUCAUCGCAAAUCCUCCUGGUUCCCCUCUGGCCCUCAGAACAAGGAGACGGCAGCUAAGCACCCCGUCCUCAGAUCCUGUUCACAUGAGAAGGCCGCGACCUCCCCAAAGUCUGCCUCCCCCCUUCCCAAUCACUGUAGCCCAGAUAGACCCUGCUCUCCCUCUCUCAACCAGGGAGGGCAAUGUGUCAUGACGGAUGUGCACAAACUGACUGCCGAGGUCAGACCUCAGCCCCAGCAGAGAGGCGCCACAUUAUCCCAGCUGUCGGAUAGCGGUCAGACUCUGAGCGAGGACAGCGGAGUGGACAUCGCAGAGGCUGUGGGGAUGAGUAAAGACAGCAGCCCCCGACCCAAUAAGAACCAGCCCAGCCAGGAGCCCCACAGGGCGGAGGGACCUGUAGCACAGGCAACCAAAAAGCAGCCAGGCUCUCCAGUGCCCGCCCCUACCCUGGUGCGUGUCGUAAAGAACGCCGCCACACUGGGUAUCGCCAUAGAGGGAGGGGCCAACACACGGCAGCCUCUACCACGCAUCGUCACCAUACAGAAGGGAGGCUGUGCACACGGAGGCGGGCAGCUGAAGGUGGGUCAGGUGAUUCUGGAGGUGAACGGGGUCUCCCUCAGAGGCCGAGAACACAGAGACUGUGCUCGCAUCGUCGCCGAAGCCUUCAAGACCAAAGAGAGUGACCACAUCGAUUUUCUUGUCAGCGACUUCAACGCAGUCCCAGAGCUUGGGCUUUAGCAGGGAGGCGUUCAUUAGGCAAGAAAGACAAACUGAAACAGAGAAGGCCUACCUGGAACUAUCCAAUGAGAGGCUUGUUUUCAUUUUCCUGCAGGGGCCUUUAGUAGGACUUUGCACUUUAGAGAGCUGGAAUGGAAAGAGUGAGGAGGAGAGAAUGACAGGAGUGAGUGAUUGGAUGGAGUGAUGGAUAUUUGAACCUGCGGACAAAAUAAAGACAAUCAUCCCUUCUCUAUAGAUCCUGUCUGUAGAUCCCAACCAGUCUGCCCAUGUAUAGUUAUGUUGACGAAAUGCACACCAUCUGACUUUAGAAGAACCCACCAAUAUAACCUAAGACAAACCCUCCAUUAGAACCCCCUAUGUACCAACCAAUACAACCUAAUAGCAUUGAAGAGAAAUCCUGAGAAACCACGGCAGUUAAACCAAGAUGGUGCUUUGAAAAUGGAUUUAAUUAUCUAAUCUUAAUCAAAAUAUACCUUGAUGAUCUCUGCAAUCGUAUUAUUAUUAGUUUUUUGUGUAACUGCUUUGAUGUUUAACAAAUACCCACGUCCGUACUUGUAUAUGCUACAUAAUUGAACUCAAACGUCUUCAAGAGUGAGAGGAUUUCAGUUAUUUCUAAUGCACGGUAGGCAAGAGAUCCCAUUUUUCAUGGCUUGCAGUAAUUUACUUCAGUUCAUUUGUUUAUGGAAACAGCAUUUCCGCUCCUUUACGUGGUACGCAUUUGUGAUAUAAGCUGCGGCAGUGAUUAAGCUGUGCGGAAUCUCUCUUUGAUUACGUUAGGAAUCACUUCCUUGUGUGUAGAAAGCAGACUGACAGUGUGGCUGCCUCCAGUGCCAUAAGACAAGACUCCAUACCAAUACACACACCGUAGAUGAAGGCGAAGCCGAAGGGGACAAUUAUUUAGGGCACAUCAUCUGAGCUACCGAGCAGAAUCAGAAACGGUAAUGAAGAGUCAGAGGGUUCAUGGUCUUAGCAGAGGGAAAUUAGUCAACAGGGUCCUAACCACUAACGCGUCAUAAUUUCAAUUAUAGGUAACUUCCUACGCGUGGAGCAGUGGUUGAGGGGAAUCAGGGGGAGAAAGCCGUAAUGCACAAUGCGUGUGAGAGAUUAUAUAUAUAUAUACCAUCCCUGUCUGAUUGAAACCUGUUAUUGUCCAAAAACAUACACUUUUCAGGAAAGGGAACUUUCUUUUUUAUUUUCUCAGUAAGUAACAAACAAUAACGAAACCUCAGAAGCCAUUUGAAAAUGUGUUCUUGGUGCUAGGGAGAGGUGAAUGUAUUCUGUGAAUACUGUAUAUGUGAAAACAAUAGUAAUGGAGUAUCAAGGUUUUCAUCAGACAGCAGCUAUAUCUGCAGUAUAUGCUGUAUAUACAGUACCAAACAAAAGUUUGGACACACUAUAUAUAUACAUUGGAUAUGAAACAUCUACACAUCCCUGUUAAA